AUGAACGGCGCUAAACAGCAAGCCGUGGACAACUUUACCUAUCUAGGCAGCACUCUCUCCCGCAACACCACGAUCGACAAUGAAGUGGCUCGCCGCAUUUCCCAAGCCAAGCCAAAUCUUCGGCCGUCUGCAGAACGCCGUCUGGGACCGUCACGGUCUCCAUCUCCACACGACGCUGAAGACGUACAACGCAGUUAUCCUGCCGACGCUGAUGUAUGGAGUGGAGACCUGAACGGUCUACAAGAAGCAGGCGCAGAGACUCAACCACUUCCACCUCAGCUACCUUCGACGGAUACUGAAGCUGAGGGGGCACGGACGGGAAUCCUGAACAUCAACGCCAUGCUGAGACAACUGCAACUGCGUUGUAGCGGUCACCUCGUGCGGACGAACGACGAGCAGUUACCCGAACGACUUUUCUAUAAAGAUGUCGCCAGGGGUUCCCGCUGCCAAGGAGGCCAAAUCCGUCAAUACAAGGACUCUCUGAAAUUCUCCCUGAAGCGUCUGUCGAUCAACCCGGCCAACUGGGAAAACCUCGCUCGAGACCUAUCGACCUGAAAGAGGACAGUGAAGACAGGAGCGAUCUACGAGGCAAACCGCAUCGCCGCUGCGAAAGCCAGGCGCGAAGCCCGCAAAUCCCAGUGGCACCCACCUCGCAAUGCCAACUCCCAACCACCCCCAACGUGUCUCCAAUGUCAUCGGACAUUCCGGACGCCAAUCGGACUUGUUGGACACCUUUGGCCCAACUGCAACAUUUGGACUGCACCAACCGUCGUCUCUACGCCUACCUCUUCCUCGCCUCCAGCGCUGUCAACAAACUCUAACUGUCCUCCCGAACCACCACAACCGCCUUCUUCCUCCUCAUCCUCCUCCUCCUCCUCCUCCUCCUCCUUCUCCUACACCACCACCACCACCAUCACCACCACCACCACCACCACCAUCACCACCACCGCCGCCGCCGCCGCCGCCGCCGCCGCCACCACCACCACCACCUCCAUCACCUCUGCCUCAACGUCUGCCGUAGUGGCGUCUGCCACACAAUCCUGUCACACCAACAAUCUCCAACACCACCGUCGACGCCAGUGGUGA